CACACACACACACACACACACACACUAGAGCAGUUGGUGUAACAUCCCAUCACAACCCAUUUUCAUACCAAGCUGCUGGACUGUGGCCCUGUGGAGAAGAAUCGCUGUACGAGGAUUAACGCCGGGCAUUAAAACUCACAUUGAGCCUCGUGAUUUUACCCCAAUCCUGUCCCUGUAUCCCGUUCUCUCUGAGCCUGUCACACUGGGUUCCAUCGUCUGCUAACAUGAACAUGAACAUGAACAUCUCUGGGAUCCAUCACGGGACGCUGAGGAUGUACGGUGGAUUCAUUUUCAAACAGUGGAAAAAGAGGUUUCUGCUGCUCACAGCUGAGGGCAGUCUUCUUGUUUGCCAUGAUGUGUCGUCUCCUCCUGACCAGCUCGUGCUGCUGCAGAGCAGCUGUGAGGCCAUUGUGGAAGGAAAGGAGAUCCUCGACCUGCCUAAACUACCAUCGAGCGGAUGCAGGGAUUGCUGCUUCGCUCUGAUCCUCCCCCAGAACAAGUACCUGCUGCUGCUGGCUGACACACCUGCAGACUGCAGUCAAUGGGUGAAUGUGCUGAAAAAAGUGAAAAUGAGUCUUUCAUCACCUCUCAGUCCCUGUAGGAGACAUCAGGUUCCACCGCACAUUUCUCUGCACGACCUGGUGCCAGAGCAGAUCCUGGACAAAGAUCAACCGUCUCCCCCUGUUAGUGACAGGAAGUCCCCCUCCCCAGGUCCCAUGAGCUGUCCGUCCCCGAGGGAGAAAGGCCGGAGUUCUCCCCGUACAAAGUAUGAGAAAGGAAGUCCACAUUCCGUGAGAUGCCUGCGUCACGGCACCAUCAGUAACACCGAGGCAGUGAGAGCGGUUUAUCUGCUGAUGGGAGGGGCUGCUGCUUCUUCUGCUAUGGGUUACCUAGGGGCAUGCUCACCCUCUAAUCUGGAAGCCAAAGCUCCUGACCUGCCAGUCAACGCAGAUUUCUCUGGUUUGGGACCAGCAGGGACGUACCACACCGGCAGCCCCGCACUCGACUCCCCUCACUAUAACAGCUUUGACUUCGAAGUGGCAGACUCUGAUUUUGAUGCUUUUGAUUGUGGUGGGUUUACGUUCUAAUGAUGUGCUGCUUGUAGGCUGUGGAUAUGAACGGUUUGGAUGACGGUGACAAAAAGGUACGUUAUAUUGCAUCAUGACCUCUUGGAUUGACGGAUUCGUGAGAGCAGUUUCAAUUCAUGAUGCUUUUCAGGAGACUUAUCUCCUUUUAAGGUGUAUUAAGGAAGCUAUUGACAAGCUGGUGUUACCUGCAGUAUUGAAACAUUUAGCAGUUAGGAGGAGUAAUAUUAUCAUCCGUAUGCAGUUGUGUCUGUGUCCUACGGGCCAUUGUAAAUCCAAUAUUACUUCUUUUGCUCUUUUUUUUUUGUCUCCACUGCCUUCUGAGGGAAAUAAUUAGCUGCUAAAUACUCCACUGUGUCCCCCAGCUGUCUUUGUGCAGGUUGGUGCAGAGCAGGAAAUGUACUGGAAACCAUUGUCUACUGCAGCUGAAAACCCAAUGAGCAUGACAUGUGAACAAAAACUUUAAAGUGAUGAGCCAAACAACUAAAACGUUGCUCUCUCCUCAACCCAGUAAUGCAGAGUGGAUCUGUAUAUUCAAGUGGGUUCUUCACUAGGCGUCACCCUAUUAAAUUGUCAUUGUCAAAUUUUUGCACAUUAUUUUGUUUAAUUUGUAUUUAAUUCAUUUUGAAUUGACUUGAAGUUCAAAUCAGUUUGUGUUGGACCAUCAGACGCAUGCAUGCACACAUUUCUGGAGGAUUACUCCGACAUGUAUUGAAACAUAUGAUCAUUUCUGUCGUGUUGUCAUUCCAGAAAACCCUGCCCAGUGAGUGUUACAAAUCAUGGCAGGUUUCCUCAUAAGCCUUUAAACACAUAACUCUGUAACUCCAACUAGACCUUGUGGUGUUGUUUUACAUCAGUACCUAACACACCCCCAUGUUUUAACUGAAGGUUUCAAUAGUUGACAUAUUUAGAUUGUAAUAUGAACAUGUGAUUAAAUUGCACAUUCAAUGUGUCCAUGAGUAAGUUUUGGUAAAAAAGUUACGUUUAUGUGUUCACUUUAAUUCUGUGUUAUUAACAACUACACCUUAACUGUGAUAUGGACACUGUGAUAAUUAUUGCAAAAACAAUGUUGUGAAUAUUCCUCUCACCACAUGUAGUACACUAUCAACACUAUCAGUGAUUGUGAAUGUGAUUACAAUUUGUUAGAAUUCAUAAUGUGCUGUGUAUGUGUUUCAAGUGGAUAAAAACAAUGAAUGAAACUAAUUAGCAGCAUGAUACACUCAUAAUGUCUUAGUCCACAGCCUUGAGUAGAUUAGAACAGAUCUGCAUCUGAAAUUGAAUUUAGCCUCUGACUGGAUUAACCAAUAGGGCUUUUCAGCAUCAUCUACUUGUGUGCAUGUACAGUGAUUCGUUCAACUAUCCAGCUGUGCUUAUGUCAUAUGUUCUGUUCAAAGCAGAUGGAUGUUGUGAUGUCUACUUUCACUUAUAUGAAUAAAGCCAACAUGUGGAAAUGUC